AUGAGAUGGUUAUCACAGGCAACUGAAUUCUCAGCUACCGUUCGCGGCGUUGAUCUCUUCCCGCCACCCGUCUCAUGGUUGCCUCCCAAUUGCAUUCUCGAGGUAGACGAUGUCACCAAAGAGUGGACGUGGCAGCAACCUUUUGACCUGGUUCAUAUGCGCUUAUUGGAUGCCGCCUUCACUCCAGAAGAGAACGAAGAGGUAUUGUACCAAUGUUACCGAAGUCUGCGCCCGGGCGGCUGGAUUGAAUUGCUCGAGCUGACUGCUGAUUUUCAAAGUGAAGAUAAUAGCUGGUCUCAGGACUGCCCAUUAAAGGGGUUCAUGCCAUUAAUGAAAUCAGCGGCUGCAAAAACCGGUCGUCCACUCCAUCUGUACCAUCGUUGUGUGGAGUUGGUUAAAAGUGCUGGAUUCCUCGAUAUUCACGAGGAAGUGAAGAAAUGGCCGAUCGGACCGUGGGCGCGCGACGAACAACUUAAAGAGGCAGGCUCUCUCAAUCUCGAACAUUGGAUGCUAGGAGCAGAGGGAUACGUUAUGUAUCUCUUAACGAAAUUCGGUGACCCGACUCCAUGGUCUCAUGAUGAAGUCCAGGUCUAUCUGGCUCAUAUCAGAAAGGAGCUGAAAGACCACAAUAAUCACAUUUAUCACAGAGUGUUAGUGAUUCCCCUCUUUUGGAAGUGUAUGACGGGCUAA